AUGAAUUUCGAAGACGAUUUUGUAAAACACAAGAUGUAGAAUAUGAAAGGUGCAAUUAAGAAAAAAGAUAGACAUCUAGUAGAAGAAAGUUUAAGAAAGGAAUAUUGUGAAUAAAACAAUAUCCAGUAUAUUCCUAAGGAAUAAUAUAAGUAAGGGAAGGCAAAUGAAAAAUACACAUAUUAAGUAAAAGAUAAAAACGAAGCUCAUGGAUAAUUACGAUAAGAUGUUUAAAAAUAAUAAGAUAAUUAAUAAGAAAAUUAAUAACAAAGUAAAUAAUAAAGGCAAUAAAAAUAAAAUGACUAAAGGGAAUAAAAAGAAUAAGGAGAUUAAAGAGAUAAAAAUUAAAAAAGUAACAAUUUUUAAGAUGGGAAAAAUAAUAAAUAAUAACACCAAAAAGGUUAAGGUUAAUAAGAUAAAUAAUAACACACUGAAAAGUCAUAAAAUGAAAAAUAAGGGAAUAAUAAUUCAUAAAGACACCAGUCUCAUAAUAAUAAUUAACCAUUUGUAUAUCCUUAUAUCGAAGGAUAAUAAAAUAAUGAUAAUAGAGAAGUGAAUGAUAAUCAUAAUGAAAAAGAAAAGAGAAAUGACAAGAAUAAAUAAUAAAAUAGAUAAAAUACUAAUAAUAAUAACAAUGGAAAUAGAAAUAGGAAUAAUAAUAACAAUAGAAAUAGGAAUAAUAAUAACUCAGAAAAUUAUCAUAAUAACUAAGAAAAUCAAAAUCAAUAAAAAAAUAACAAUAAUAAAAGUAAUACUCAUCAAACUGAAUAUAUUCAUUAUAAAUAAGUGAGAAGAGACAGAAGAGCGGAAAAACACAUUAGGUCAGUCUAAUCAGAUUAGAAUAAAUAAACUAAUAAAAAAAGAUUCAAUCAUUAUAAAAAUAAUAAUUUUGAUGAUGAUUACAAUAGAUUAGAUGAGGAAAAUUCAUUUGAUGAUGAUUAUUAUUAUAAAAAACAAGAGAAAAAUAAAAAAUAAAAUUAUUAAAGAAGAGAGUAUGAUGAACAUGGAUUUGAUAGAAAGGAUAAUAAUGAUAAAAGAAACAAAUAAAACAAUAGAAAUUAGAAAGGAGGAAGAAACAAUAAAAAGUAUUAGAAGAAUUAAGAUUUUGAAGAAUAUUGGACUGAAAAAUAAAUUGAAAAAGGAAAAGCUGAAAAUGAUAUAUUUGAAGGAAUCUUCAUAGCUAAUGAAUUUACCAGGGAAAAGGCUACUAUUAAAUGUCCUAUAUUUAAGAAGAAAGUCCAUGUUAAUUUUUUCGUCGAUACGAAUAGAGCAUUUCAUGGAGCUCUUGUUGCAUUCAAAAUUACAAAAAUAUAAAAGACAGACAAAGAAUCGGAGGAUGAUUAUGAAGAAGAAGAGAUAACCUAACAAAUUCCUUUAAAGAAUAAAAAGAAUGAAUAAAAAAAGGAAAUAUAAUAGGAGAUAUCUGAAAAAGAAGAAAAUAACGAUGAUUGGGAGGAUGUUGAUAGCUAAUAAGAAGAAGAGGAUGACAUUUCAGAAGUAUCAGAUCUCUAUGUUGUUAAAAAGAAGGUUCCAUUAACAAAACUUUAAUAAUUGCAAAAAGCUCAACUUGUAGGUAAGGUUGUCGGAGUGAUAAAAAAUCCAAUAGAAAGCAGAUAGAUGAUUGGUAAGUUAGAAUUUAAUAAAAAAACAAAUUCAAUCGAUAAGGAAAUAAAAACUAAAGAGGAACUAAUAAAAUAUAUAGAAUAGAAUUAUUAUGUCUCAUUCAAGUGUGUUAAUAAAAGAAUUCCAUUUUUCAAUGUGAAGAAUUUACUUACUUUUAAUUAUGAACUAGAUAAUUAAGAACCUGUUUAAAAAUUCAUGGAUUAUGUUUCAUAGAGAUACUUUUCAGCAAAAUAUAUAUCAUGGGCCAAGAAUAGUCGAUAUCCAUAUGUUGAAUUGAUUAAAGAAGUAGGAGUACAAGGAAAUAUUGAUGUGGAAUGCGAGGCUAUAUUAACAGAGAAUUCAGUUUAUGACAAUGAAUUUUCUGAAUAGUGCAAAGAAGAAAUGAAGGCAUUUACUCAUAAUUCCAUAGCUAAGGAAAGAGAGAACAGAAUGGAUUUAAGAAAGGAAUAUAUUUGUAGUAUAGAUCCUGUUACUGCCAGAGAUUUGGAUGAUGCGUUAAGUAUUAAUGAUUUAGGAAAUGGUAUUUAUGAAAUUGGAGUACAUAUUGCUGAUGUUUCUCACUUCGUCCUUCCAAACAGUGAAGUAGAUAAGGAAGCAAUAUUAAGAACUACUUCUGUUUAUUUAGUUCAUAAGGUAAUUCCUAUGUUACCCAGAAUUCUGUGUGAAGAGCUUUGUUCAUUGAAUAGAGAUGUUGAGAGAUUAGCAUUUUCUGUAUUCUUUAAGAUGACAAGUGAAGGAGAAGUGUUAUGGGAUAGUUUCAGAGCUGCAAAAUCGGUUAUUAAAAGUUGCGCAUAAUUAAGUUAUGACAUUGUAAAUUAACUGAUUGAUGGUGAAAUUCAAUAGUUUAGUUAAGGUGAAGCAAGAUAUAAAGUUGCUGAAGGAUUCGAUGAAAUUGUAUUGAAAGAUAAAGUUCUGUUGUUAAAUACAAUUGCAUAAAAGAGAAGGGAGAAGAGAUUGGAAGGAUCGUUAACUUUUGAAAAAAGCAAAUUAAGAUUUCUUCUUAAUUCUGAUUUAUUCCCAACUGGCUAUACAGAGGAAAAGAGAGGGCUUGCUCAAUUUAUGGUAGAGGAAUGGAUGUUAUUGGCUAAUUAAUUUGUUGGCAAGAAGUUGAUUGAAUAUGAUACCAAAACAGCUGUCCUUAGAUAACACAUUUCACCUAAGAGUGAAAAACUAGAUUAUUAUCGAAAAUUAUUAGAAGCUUGUGGAUUAGAGGAGAUGGCUCAAAAUUUGGAUGUUUCAACAUCUAGAAAUUUGAAAUUAACUAUGAAUAAGGUUAAUGAAAUUGAAUCUGAGGAAAUUAAAUUGAUUUUAGGGUUCCGUCUAUUAAAAUUGAUGGAAGCAGCUCAAUAUUUUGUUGUUGAUGAGACUCCAGAAACAGAAUGGAGACAUUAUGCCUUGGAUUUUGAUGUAUAUACACAUUUUACAUCCCCAAUAAGAAGAUAUCCUGAUAUUUUGGUACAUCGAAGAUUAUAAAUUGCUCUUGAAUAAUAAGAAAUUGAUAAAACUGGAGAAACUAGGGAUAAAUUAAAGGCUAUAAUGUAACAUUGCAAUGACUGCAGAUUAAAUGCUAGAAGAGUUAGUGAUUAAUGCGAUUAAUUAUUCUUGGCUUUGCUCUUAAAGGCGAAUCCAGUUGAAGUAGAUGGAUAUAUUCUCUCACUUAAUAGACAAUAAAUUGAAGUUAUCAUUCCAAAAUACAAUUUAGAAAGAAAAGUUGAAUUGAAGAAUUUGAAGAAUACCUAUAAAUUCACAGUUGAGGAGAUUGGAGAGAACAAAUUUGAGUUGAUUAUUUCUUAUAAUGAUCCUGAGGAUGAAAAGGGAGUUAGAUUAUAUUUUAUCAAAUAAUUUUAAUAAGUAAAAAUAAAAUUAUCAGGCACGGAUACAUUCCCAAUAGAAUAUUAAAUACAAAUAAUAAUUAAUAAUAAAGUUUUAAUUUGAUUUGUAUUUAUAUAAGUCACACCAGUAUUUAAUUAUAAAA